CUUUUAGAAAUUGACUAAUCAAAUUGCGGCUUACAUUUCAGGGCUGCUUGCCGAUUCAAAAUGGCGGCGCCCAUACAAAUGAGCGGGUUUUACUAAAGAUAUUGUUGGAUUUUUGUAAAUUUUAUGCGCCAUGAACCGCGCUGGGGAUCCCGGGACGAGGCAAGGGCCGGCGAGGAGCAUCAGCAUGAACGGAAGGGCGAGCAUCAAGAGCUUCCUGCUGCGGGCGUGGCGGGAAAGGUGGACGGAGCUGCAAUGGAGUGUCAACCUAAAGCAAGCUUUUCCUGGUGGGUCCAUGGACCAGUAUCAACUCGCAGAGUGCAUCCUGCAGCAGGCGUUUGUCGGCCCCACCCCGAACACCCUGGUGCUCUCCUACCUCAGGCACGCCCUCAGCUCUCAGGUCGUCUCAUACGGGGCAUUCCUCAACGCUCUCACCAAGUAUGAGGAUGUGACCAGACCUCUCUGUACCAGAACCUUGUUGGACCUUCUCAACUGUUAUGCAGCUCAUGUUAGCUGCCUGGGCACCCCUGACUCCUGCCUGCUCCUGUGUAAGUCCUUAGUCCUGACUGUGCUGUGGUUACUGAGAUGUGUGAGCCAGGCUGUGGAGAAGCUGAAGGAGUCUACAGAGUAUGCAGACAUCCUGCGAGUGACGGGAGAGGUUCUGGGGAAACUGUUGGGGAACGGACAGACUCGGGCUCUGCUGUAUGUGGGCAAGAUGGAGGAAACAGCUGGUUGGGGCAAGGUGGAGCAGCUGCAGACGACCCUGCAGGACUCCGUCCAGAACCUGGCCCAGUCUGGCCUGAUCGUGCGAGACACGGCCAACAGUCUACAGCAGGCUUUUUACCAGUUACAACAGCUGCCGCACGGCAAGGCGCUGUCACCACCGGGACAGGCUCAUGGACACGGAGCUCUCAACUCUAGCAUCGCUGUCCUCUCGUUCAUCGAGGCGACCCUCAACACCACCAGCGAUACACAGCUGUUUGUGGAGUUGUUGCUCCUGAUAGAGAGAUUAAAUAACAUCCCCCGCCCCCGUCUGUACGCGCAGGUGUGCCAGUCAUGUCUGAUGGGGCUCAUCGACUCAGCAGAGACCAACGAUGAACUCAAGUGGACGGCUUUUACAUUCCUUAAGAUUCCUCAGAUCUUCCAAAGGUUGAAAACUUUCACCCAAGAAGGAAAAGAUGGUAGAGAAGAAAUUUACCAAGGGUUCGAACUUCUCUUAAGACUGCAGCCUCUGAUUGACAAGGCGGAUGUCAAGAACAAUUGUGACAUCAUGCAGCAGCUACUGCAGGAGUGUGCUAAGAAGGACCUUAUAGCGGAUGCACAGACCAAAAAACUCCUGGACAAAAGGGCCAUUGACAGGAAGAACUUGAAGACCAAACAGGACCCGCCCCCCUCCCAGCCCAACCCCACUCUCAUACUGAGGGCAGAGCCAACGGUCACCAAUAUCAUCAAGACCAUGGAAGCAGACUACUCUAAGAACCAGGACAUGAUCCUGGGUGUGCUGGGUCACAUGAUGUCUGGGAAGAGUUUUGAGUUGAUCACAGCAGCUGCAGCGACUACAGGAAAACUGCAUAUGUUCGCUAGCAGACUGAUUAAGUUUAAUGAAUUUGCCAAGCAUUCCAGUGGAGAGGGAAGUAAGGUGUCCCUGAGCCGAGCUGUGUUGUUUGACAUCUCCUUUCUCAUGCUGGGGUACAUCUGUGUCAUGUAUGGUACUGAGAUCGUGUGCACCACCAGUGCCGGUGCGGGGAACGAACCAUUUUUCGAGACGUGGGUGGGGCAGAGUCUGCCCAUCGACCAGAAGUGCCGCCCCGUGGAGAACAUGGCACACCCUGACCCUGCCCGGGUGGAGAGUCUGCUCACACAGAUCAACUCUGGACAGGAGAUCAAGACAAGCCUGCAGAGAUGGCAGGACGUGUGCACCAACAUCCCGUUUGCUAUCCAGGAGAUCCUAACUGCCUGGGAGAAUGGAGCGGUCAGCGCUGAUGCUGUGCAGAAAUUCUGUGACAACAUCAAGCGCCACAUGUGCUGCCUGCCUGUGUGUAUUGCUGCCUGGCUGUGCAGCUACAUGCAGGGACUCACAGCUCCAGAGAGGGAGAAACCACUCAAACUGCUGAAACACAUGCUGUCUCCUAUACAGGGGGACCCCACCAUGUCACAGUAUAAUGAAAGGUCCAGUCUGAUGAUCCACAUUAUAAAGAAGAUCAGUGGAGACCUGCUGUCUGCCAAGUCCUCCAGGGUAACUGGGGAGGCUAGAGAGGGGGCUGGAGGGGCUGACACUGGCAGGCAGGUGUAUACAGACAAGUCCUCCAGGGUGACAGGAGAGGCCAGGGAGGGGACAGGAGGGGCUGACACUGGCAGGCAGGUGUACACAGGAGUGUUUAGCCAUGCCAUGCAGCUAGGAUGGGUGGACGGCAGGGGGAUCUGCUCAGCUGACAACAUGUUAACCAUCGGGGGUGCGCGCUGGUUCUGCCACUGUGCAGUCAAGGAGAUACUGAAGUGCAGUAGGAGGGAGGAUCUCAUUCAGUCAGUGAAUGUAGCGCUGGCAUUGUUUCAACUGGACAGCGAGCCAGUGGCCGUUGCGUUGCUAUCACACGUCAUUCCCUCCCUUCUACUGGACUCCUCCAAACGCGAGCUGCUGUGUAACCCUCGCGGGGCCGCCCUGGCCCGUCUGGCCGUGCAGUGCACAGCCAUGGCCUUCCUGACGCAGAGCAACGACAGGCGGCGGAAUGGGAAGUCCAGGAGUCGGAAGAGAGGCAGAGAAUCGGACAGGGAGUACGUGGUGUCACCAGCAUCUAGUGGGAGUGGGAAGGAAGACGAGAGGCCGUCCAAGCUGCGAAUCCUGCUCAGUGCUCCUGAGAAUGAGGCACAGAAUCCCGCCAUGCAAGUGAACCUCCCAUCCUACAGUAGCAGUGAGGCCCCAAAGCUGGCCGCACAAAUCAGCAACGUCAACUUCAAGGAACCCCUCAACCACGCUCUCGUUCGCUUGUUCCAGCUGUUCUCGGAUGUUUUGACGGACAGCUCCGUGGGACCGCAUACAGCGUUCGUGGUGUCCUUUGUACAGGAGUCUGUGAGGACAGGGGAGCAGGCCAGCAAGGCUAUACUACAGUUCAUGCCUUUCUCUAUGCUCCCCGCCCUGUUGCAGUGUUCGUCAGGAGUCUUCAGCCCAGAGGACAUCACACUGAUGGGGGACCUGACUCUGCCCAUGGUCAGGAAAGUCAUCGCAAAGGCUGUCUGCUACUACAGACCCAUCUAA